UAGUCAACAUUGAGUCUUAGACUUGAACUAGUAUGGCCGUCAUGCUCAAGUUCUUGGAGGAGACCUCUAUCCAUGGUUGUAAAUACUUGGUCCAUGGCAGAACUAUUCUGAUGAAGAUGAUUUGGCUUGUGUCUAUCGUUGGAUGUGUCACAUCUUCAAUUUAUAUCAUUUACUUGAACAUCAAAAACUGGCAAAGUUCUCCGGCCGUUGUCACAAGUGUGGAACCCAUUCUGGUCAAGGAUCAGAUUCCCAUGCCUCAAAUAACCAUUUGCCCCAACGAUAUUGAUUUAAAUCUGCUGUUUUUUCGCUUGCACAAAAAAUAUCCGGAAUUGGUUACCGAAGGGCUCAUGGCUGCUUUUCAGAAGUCAGCACGAAUUUUGGCCUUUGAACAAUUCUACUCAAGGUGUACAGAAUUUCUUUUGGACAACCGAAGCUUUAAGAUUCAAAUUUUUGACCCUUGCAAGUCCAACAGUGGGAACAUCACCAGUGAAUGCCGGUUCGUGCAUUUACUCACGGCCAUUGUGAAGGUUGAUGGGGCAAAGUAUCUCAAACAAUACAUCACUGAGCAAAUGGAGACAAAUUUGACUAUAAAUAUGAAAUCAUUGGAAUCUUAUAUGGAAAAAGCAACUGGGAAAACCAUGACGGAGAAACGCUAUCCAGAAAAUGCACCUGGCAACGAAAAAUACAAAGUAUUGAAGGCAUAUUGCAACUUUUUCCAUGUGAUGGACCCAACAAAUCCAUCAGCAGAGGUCGGUUUACAGAGAUUGGAGGAUUACGAUAUUGACAAGACUCUGCCUCCAAUCCAAAAAGAGGAUUUCCCUCCCCUAUAUAUUCUUCUAUCUGAGCGACUGGCAUUCGAUAACGAUAAAAAGCUACAUACCAAAAUUCUGGCCAAGGCUUUGAUGGAGUCCCUACGCAACUUUCUUGGACUUCAAACCAUAGAAGAAGCAGUCAAACUUUUGGACGCUUACAGCUACGAUUACAAAGAACGGCCUUUCUUUCAAGCUUAUUUCUCUCGGGCCAGAAAUGGUUGUGAGGAUGUUGACCUCGAGAGACCCUGCUCAGACCCGUUCAAGGUCCAAUCUUGUCACGACUAUUGCGAGUUACUUAACAGGACAUCUCAUUUACAAUCCAAAGUAUUGGAGCUUCACCAUAUGGGCACCUAUUCCAGCUCCUUUGAUCCGGAUUGGUCACCCAAGGCUCUCAUUCCCAACUGCCGGUUUUGGUUGGAUGGCAAAUUCCACGAGGGUCCUUGCUUUCAGGACAUCGUCACAGCGAAUGGAAGAUGUUUGACCACCAACCCAGAGCUGAUGUCGAGCUUGAAGGAUUUAAACCAAAAGGAUAGCUUUGUGAUGAUCCUGUUCGAAGGUGGCGUGCUGAACAUCCAUGAGACGGUCCCACAUAAAACUGGAGCUAGCGUGACGUACAAACUUUACAUGACCGCACCCAACCAUUUCACCAUUGAUAAGUUUAGCGAACCCGAAACCACAGCCUUGAUAAUGAACCGAGGAGAUUCCGUUGUACAAGAUUUGGAUCUCAAAGUGGAUGUGAUUCAGGUCGUGAAGACCACACCCGAAUUUAAGGCCAUGAAAUGGCAAACCCGCAACUGUCUUUACCCCGAGGAAAAGAAGCUGAGUUUUUUUAACAAGUACUCAGAGUCCAGUUGUUUCUUGGAGUGUGCCUGGUCAAAGGCCAAGGAUCAAUGUGGUUGCGUCCCAUGGUUCUUGUUGGAUCACUUUCCCGACUCUUCGGUGUGCAUGAUCCAUGGCAAUAAUUGCUUUCGGAAUCUAAUCGAACUUCGAUAUGAACUCUUAAGGGAAGAUUGCGAAGCCAAUUGUUUGGCGGAUUGCGAUCGGUACACCUAUCAAUACGAAAAAGAUCGAAUUGCGCGGUAUUCUCCCCGUACUGUUUACCCUACCGAAUCGUGUUCUGAUCAUCUUGAGGACGUUCGCAAUAAUAUGACUUGCAACUUUGUGGACGAGUUUGCCAAGCAAUUUGGAUCAAGGGUGGGCAACAUUUCGGAGAGGAUCUUAACCUUCAACAACCAAUACUAUGUCCGUAGGAUGAGAAUCACGGCGAAGCGUCGGACUGCCCUAAGAAUCUUGAAGACGGCUACCGUGACCUUCAUCGAUAUGCUGUCCAACAUUGGAGGAACAUUGGGACUAUUUUGCGGAUUUUCAAUUCUCAGUGGGGUCGAGAUCCUUUACUGGAUCAUCAUUAUCCCUUAUCAACGAUUAUCCAAGACCUCUAGCCUUUAAACUCACUUUGCCAUUCCGAUCCUUUUUGCUCUCCCAACCUGGUGGAAGGUCCCGCUCCUUGCAAGAGAAUAUAUUCAGUAAGGCCACAAGGUCACGGUUGUGCUGGUAGCGUUCGUAGGUGGAUGCAUCUCGGCGGAUCCGUGAGAUCAUAUGUUUCACCGAUGACCUAUUCAAUAAGCUAGUGCAUGGAUGGUCAGAUUGCUGGACCCGUGUAAAAAAGUCGGAUCGGCAAACAAAUCGCACCAUCGGACUCUGCAAGAAUUAUACACAAUAAGCACAAAGAUAGAAUGGAUGUAAUCAUGGUGGUUGGAUCUGUGAUGCCUCACCUGAAUCAGCAACUCUUUUUGGCGUUCGGCAGUAAUAAAAGAGGCACUCUCACUAUAA